AUGCACUGUGAUUAUGGUUUUUUUUACUGGGGAAAAGGAACCAUGGUCACUGUUGCAUCUGACCCCCCCACGGCCCCCUCGGUCUUCCCGGUCAGACCCUGCACUUCUGAAUCUGGAGACACGGUGACGCUGACGUGCCUGGCCACCGGCUUCCGUCCCGCCGCUGUGUCUUUCUCCUGGACGCAGAACGGCAGCGCGCUCAGUGACUCGCUGCAGUAUCCGGCUGUGCUGAAGAACAAGCUGUACUCCGGGGUCAGUCAGGUCCGGGUCCGGCGCCAGGACUGGGACCUGCGCCACUCCUUCAAGUGCAGAGUGGAGCACGAGGGCGGCUCCAAGGAAGUGGACUUUAUCAAAGCAGGUAAGUCUUCUUGGAAUGAGGAGAACGGUUUAAUUGGGAUGAAAUGUGUCGAAGGAAAGGCCUAG